AUGAGCUCUAUAGAGACCCUUGAGAAGUCUUACGAGACUUUGCUUGGUUUGCCAGUGCAACUCUUGAUUAAGAAACCUAUAGAUAUCGUGAAGGAUAUAAAAUCCCCACUGUCGGUGAACAUAGCCGUUGGAUCCUUUUCAAACAAUACAAAUCUUGCAGCACAAAUAUAUGGGGUGCUAUAUAAGGAGACAAAUGUGGUUACGACCUCUUUGUUUGAGCCUCUUGAUGGAGGAAUUGGAGAGUUUGCAAAUACAAUUUGUCGCCUUUUAACAAAAAGGUUUGGACUGCCUACUUACGUGAGUGUCAGCACAACGGUAGGACUGGUGAUAGACAGUUCAGACCAAAUAUCUGUGAUAGAUACGUGUGUUAAGACCAUUUCAAUCAAGCUAAAUGAUAAUUAA